GACAUCGACUGAAUCAGAGGAUGAGAAACAGUGUUUCAGGGAUAAGAUGCAAGACUAUCUAAUGAAAAGGGACUCAUCUGUAAGAAAAUUCAGUGCUGCUGAGAAGACUGCACAGCAAACAGAAAGUGAGGAAGAUGAAAUGUGUAAGCUAAAGGAAGAGAAUGAGAUUCUCCAAGAGGCCCUGAGACGAUUUACUAUACAGUUGGAGUCAGCUACAAUCAAGCUUGAGGCUGCUGAGAAGGAGAGAGAGCAAAAGAGAAAAGAGGAGGAAGAGACAUUGACUGAAUCAGAGGAUGAGAAGCAGUGUCUCAAGGAUAAGAUGCAAGACUAUCUAUUGAAAAGGGACUCAUCUACAAGAAAACUCAGUGCUGCUGAGAAGACUGCACAGCAAACAGAAAGUGAGGAGGAUGUAAUGGGUAACCUAAAAGAUGAGAAUGAGAUUCUCCAAGAGGCCUUGAGAAGAUGUACAAUACAAUUGGAGUCAGCUACAAUCAAACUUGAGGCUGCUGAGGAGAGAGAGCAAAAGGAAAAAGAGAGAGAUUCACCUACAAGGAAGUGCUGUGCUUCUGGGAAGAUGAUGCCACAGAAGGUAGAAAAGAUGCAUUCAUGUACAAGAAAGCUCGACUGUCCUUGUGAGAAGAUGAUGCCACAACAGGCAGAAAAGAAGGAUGCAACUUUAAGAAAACUUAGUUCUUCUGUGACAUUCAAAGAGGAAGAAAACAAGGAACAUGAUGAUCACAUGCUUACUAAGGAGCAGAAAACCAAAAACAGCAAAUUAGUGGCAGUGGAGAGCAAGAGGUUGCCUGCCCUCAUCUUUACUCUGUGGGAAGAUGAAAUAGGUAACCUAAAAGAUGAAAAUGAUAUUCUCCAAGAGGCCCUGAGGCAAUAUACAAUAGAGUUGGAGUCAGCUACAAUCAAACUUGCUGAGAAGGAGAGAGAGCAAAAGGAAAAAGAGAGAGAUUCACUGGCAAGGAAGCUCUGUGCUGCUGGGAAGAUGAUGCCCCAGAAGACAGAAAAGAUGAGCAGACUGAAGAAUUCCAAAGAGGAGGAAGAUGAAAUGGGUAACCUAAAGGAUGAGAAUGAGGUUCUCCAAGAGGCCCUGAGACGAUAUACAAUAGAAUUAGAGUCAGCUACAAUCAAGCUUGAAGCUGCUGAGAAGGAGAGAGAGCAAAAGGAAAAAGAGAGAGAUUCAUCUGCAAGAAAGCUCUGUGCUGCUGGGAAGAUGAUGCCACAGAAGGUAGAAAAGUGGUACUCACCUAUAAGAAAACAAAGUGCUGCUGAGAAGACUCAAGAGGAAGCAGAAAAGGAGGAAAAUGAAACAGGUAACCUACAGGGUGAGAAUGAGGUUCUCCGAAAUGCCCUGAAACGAUGUACAAAACUGUUGGAGUCAGCUACAAACAAGCUUGAGGCUACUGAGAAGGAGAUAGAGCGAAAGGAAAAAGAGGAGGAAGAUGAAGUGGAUAACCUAAAGGAUGAGAAUGAGAUUCUCCGAGAUGCCCUAAGACUAUGUACAAUACAAUUGGAGUCAGCUACAAACAAGCUUGAGGCUGCUGAGGAGGAGAUUGAGCGAAAGGAAAAAGAGGGAGAAGAUGAAGUGGAUAAUCUAAAGGCUGAGAAUGAGAUUCUCCGAGAAGUCCUAAAACAAUGUAUGAAGCAGUUGGAGUCAGCUACAAACAAGCUUGAGGCUGCUGAGAAGAAGAGAGAGCGAAAGGAAAAAGAGCGUGACUCACCUACAAGAAAAUUCAGUGCUACUGAGAAGAUCCAACAGGAAGAAAAGGUGAGCCGAACUAAGAAUGACAAAACAGAAAAGGAUCAAAUGUUAGGUGAGCUAGAGAAGGAGAACAAGAUGCUGAGGAAGGCCCUGAGACAAUGUACAAAGCCAUUGGAGUCAGCUACAAAUGAGCUUGAAGCUACUGAGAAGGGGAGGGACAUGAAGGAAAAUAAGGAAGAGAAUCAAAUUGGUAAGCUAGAGGAAGAGAAUGAAAUUCUCCGAAAAGCCCUGAGACAAUGUACACAGCAAUUGGAGACAGCUGCAAACAAAUUUGAGUGUACUGAGAAGGAGAUGCAGGUGAAGGAAAAUGAGUGGGAUUCACCUAGAAGAAAGUUCAAUGCUGCUGAAAAGAAGAUCCAACAGCAGGCAGAUAGGGAGAUGGAUCAAGUAAAUGUGUUAGAAGAGGAGGUCAAGAUUCUCCAGGAGUCCCUGAAACAAUGCACCAUCCAACUGGAAUCCGCUACAAACAAGCUAGAGAAGGCUGCUGACACGAGGGAUUCACCUACAAGAAAGCUGAGUGUUGAUGAGGAGAUAAUGCAACAGCAGACAGAAAAGGAGAUGGAUCAAGUAAAUGUGUUAGAAGAGGAGGUCAAGAUUCUCCAGGAGUCCCUGAAACAAUGCACCAUGCAACUGGAAUGCACUACAAACAAGCUAGAGAAGGCUACUGACAAGGAGAAGAAUCAAGUGAGUGUGUUAGAGGAGGAGGUCAAGCUUCUCCAGGAUGCCCUGAAACAAUGCACCAUGCAACUGGAAUCUGCUACAAACAAGCUAGAGGAAGCUGCUGACAAGAGAAUGGAGGUUGUGGAAAUUGAGGUGAGCAUGGCAAAGAAUUAA